CCCUCCGCAUCUCCUCGGCCCGGCACGGCUGCCGGCGGCUGGCUGCGAUAAUGCACGCUGGAGCACCGCUGCCGACAGCGAGGGCGAGGCAGGCCCGGCGCGGGUGAUGAGGGCUUGGGUCUGAGUCAGAGUGAUGAGGUGCCCCCUGAGCAGCUGGCAGACCGCGCGCGCGCGCCGCCGCGCCCAGGGCGCCGAGCCACUCGCCGCAGUCACCUGGCCUUGCCGUUGCCCUGCCGUUGCGGGGAUAAGCACCUUCCUUCGCUCUCCUCGCCCGCUCUCUCUGCUUCUUGCGUCCCGACCACCUCCUCCUCGCCUUUGCCAACCAUGCGCGUCGCCCCGCUCCUCGCAGCGCUCGUCGGCGCCGCCGCAUGCGUGCAGGCCCUGCCCACUGCCGCUGGCCCUGCACCUCCUGCUGGCCCUGCGCCGCCCGCUGCGCCGUCUGGCUCGGCACCGACACCGCCGGCCAAGCCGAGUGCUGCCGCACCUGCCGCUCCUGCCGGCGCACCUCCGGCCCCUGGCGCUGCGCCGCCGGCACCGGGAGCAGGCAAGCAGAAGUCUCCUUCUGACUACGCCGUCGCGUCCAAGGUGCCUGGCAUCCCUUUCGAGCUCGGCCCUUCGUACGCAGGCUACGUGCCCAUCGGACCCGCGGCCAACCAGCGCGACUUGUUCUUCUGGCAGUUCCCGGCCGCCGAGGGCGUCGGACACGAUGAUCUUGUCAUCUGGCUGAAUGGCGGACCCGGAUGCUCCUCCAUGGAGGGUCUUCUGCAGGAGAAUGGUCCCGCUCUAUUCCCCUGGAACAGCACCGACGUCGUCAAGAAUCCCUGGUCCUGGACCAAGCUGGGCAAUGUCAUGUGGGUCGACCAGCCCGUCGGCACGGGCUUUGCACGCGGCAACCGCACGGCCAAGACGCAGGAAGAUGUGGCGGCCGACUUUGCUGCGUUCCUCGUCAACUACUUUGCCAUCUUCAAGGAGAUGCAGGGCAAGAAGCUUUGGCUGACGGGAGAGUCGUAUGCCGGCAAAUACAUUCCCUACAUGGCCUCGCACAUCUACGCGCACCCCGAGCUCAAGGCGGCCGGCGUCAAUCUGCAGGGCAUCGCCAUCAACGACCCCUCCUGGGCGGCCGACCUGGCCCUCGAGGAUCUGCCGGCGUACUCCUUCGCCAAGGCGAACCGCGACGUGCUGCAUCUCGACGAUGCCUUCUUUGCCACGCUCGAGGCGAAGCUGGAAAAGGCAAGGAUCAAGACGUUCCUGGAGGACAAUCUCAAGUACCCGCCCAAGGGCCUGAUUCUCCCGCCGAGGGAAUACAACGAGACGGACUUCUCGCCGUGGAACGACGUGUACAAUGCGGCGUACGACAAGAAUCAGUGCUUCAACGUGUACGACGUGUCCAAGGCAUACUCGUCGUGCCCGAGCGUCACCGACCCACUCGGUUUCCCGCCGGAUGCCAGCGAUCCCAGCCCGCGCAACAUCUUCAACGACAUCCAGGGCCUCAAGGACGCCAUUCACGUGGAUCCUUCUCACACCUGGCUCGAAUGCACAGCCUCCGAUGCCCCCGUGUUCCCCGACGGCGACUCCUCUCCGGCGCCCAUCGAGUCCGGGCUGAUGCGUCGCGUCAUUGAACUCGCUCCCUCGGGCCGCACGCUCGUGCAGCACGGCAUGCGCGACUUUAUCCUCCUCGCGCAAGGCUCGGCCCUUGCGAUCCAGAACAUGACAUGGCACGGCAAGCAGGGCUUCCAGACCAAGCCGACGCGCGCACUGCUGACUGUCAACGGCACCGACGCUGGUAUCGUGCACACCGAGCGCGGCCUGACGUUUGCGCAAGUGACGAACAGCGGUCACAUGAUCCCGCAGGACGACCCGCCCGUGGCGUACAAGCUGCUCAAGUAUCUCCUCGGCCAGAUCUCCGAGCAGGCACUCAGCCAGCACGUCGCUGUGUAGACAAGAGCAUGUACUCCAAGACGACCACUCUCCUCCCU